UACAUACACACAUACAUAUGUUUAUAAGAUAUAAAACAAUAUCUUCUAGUCUUCAUGUUUCUUUAUUUGUAAAGAAAAAAGAUAUUUUAAUAAAUAAGUUUAUUAUGUACAUUAUUUUAAACUAUGUAUUAAUUUAGAUCUUGUAAAUAACAUUGAUUUUUAUGAAAAUAAUAUAACUACAAGUUCGAAAAUAAUUACAUUACGGUGUACUUUAUAUACAUGCACACGUGGAGUUAUUUUGUAUGUAGAUGCAUCAUUGGUUGAAAAAAGUAAAUUUAAAUAAUUUACAAAUAAUGACAGAAGAAAAAGCAUCGCCUUUGAAGUUCGAAAUUUUAGCAGAAUGUAGAACUAGCAAAGCAAGAACUGGGAAAAUAACUUUAAUACAUCAUUAUGUAGAUACGCCAGUUUUUAUGCCAGUAGGAACACAGGGUACUCUGAAAGGUUUAUUGCCUCAACAACUAGAAGAAUUGAAUUGUCAAAUAAUUCUUGGCAAUACUUAUCACCUUGGGAAUAGACCUGGUACCGAAAUAUUGCGUAAAGCAGGAGGUUUGCAUAAAUUUAUGAAUUGGAAAAGAGCAUUAUUAACUGAUUCUGGUGGGUUUCAAAUGGUAUCAUUAUUACAACUUGCCAAAAUUACAGAAGAAGGAGUGAACUUUAAAUCUCCAUAUAAUGAUACUGAUUGCAUGUUAACUCCUGAACGCUCUAUUCAAAUUCAGAAUACAAUUGGUGCUGAUAUAAUAAUGCAAUUAGAUGAUGUAGUUAAAAGUACACAAACUGGACCAAGAGUGACAGAAGCUAUGGGAAGAACAGUAAGAUGGUUAGAUAGAUGUUUAUCGGCACAUGAAAGAUUUGAUGAACAAAGUAUAUUCCCUAUUGUACAAGGUGGAUUAGAUCCUAAAUUAAGAUCGGAAUGUGCGCAUGAAUUAACGAAAAGAAAAGUAAAUGGUUAUGCAAUUGGAGGAUUAAGUGGUGGUGAAAGUAAAGAUACGUUUUGGAAAAUGGUACAUCUUUCUACUGAUAUUCUUCCAAAAAAUAAACCUCGUUAUUUAAUGGGUGUUGGUUUUGCUACAGAUCUAGUUGUGUGUUGUGCAUUAGGUGUUGACAUGUAUGACUGUGUAUUUCCAACAAGAACAGCUAGAUUCGGUUGUGCUUUAGUACGUACAGGUCAACUUAAUUUAAGACAAAACCAAUAUAGUAAAGAUAUGAGGCCAAUUGAUGAAUCUUGUCCAUGUAGCACUUGUAAGACAUAUACACGUGCAUAUCUUCACCAAAUAGUUACAAUAGAAACAGUUGCAUGUCACUUAUUAACAGUUCAUAAUAUAGCAUUUCAAAUGAAUUUAAUGAAAGAUAUUAGAGAAAGUAUAAAGCAACAAAAAUAUCCUGAAUUUGUACAAAAUUAUAUGUUAAAUGUGUAUCCAGAUAAAAAAUACCCAGAAUGGAUAGUUAAUGCCUUGCAGACAGUUAAUAUUACAUUAUUAUAACAAUUAAUGAAAUUGGUACCCAUAUAAUGCAUAAUUUUACAAUUUUUUAAAUAUUUUUUAUUAUGUACCAUAUUACUAAAUUUUACUUAUGUACUACAAUUCAAAUGUUAUUAAUAUACAACUAAAAUAAAAUACUUUUAAAUAAA